UGUCUAUAAUCAAUACCAAACCAAACACAGAAGCUUUUAAUCAUUUUUUUCUCUCUCAACAAAAAAUAAACUUAAUCUUCUAAAGAUAAAAUCCAUCUCUAAAUACCCUGUUAAAAUCAGGGUUUUUUCAUCUUCAUCUUACAAUCUAGCCCGUGUUCCUCUUUUUUUGGUAGGAUCACUGGUUUCUGUUCUUCACAUUUUGAAGAAAAGGGACAGAUUUUUUGCAAGUGCCCUCCAUUUUUCUGGUAAAAAAACACCCAGAAAUUACAAUUCUACAAGAAAAAUCCAUGGCAGCCAUGGAAGAAUACAAUAACUUACCAUCAUCAUCACCAUUCACAACACCAAUUGACAUAGGAAAUUCAGUAUCAGCACUAAUCUUAACAGCUAAUGCUAACAACACCAACACUUUAGAUUCAAUCUUCUCUUACUGCCAACCUUCAAGCCCCAUCCUUAUAAACAACAAUCCUUUGGUUGAGCCAUUAGGAUCUUCAAUCUAUCUCAAACAAAGAGAUAUGCUACAAAAAUUCUGGCUUGAAACCCGGUCUAAACCCGGGUUUCAAAUCUCAUCAUCUUCUUCUUCAUCUUCUUCUAUGAUUCAAAGUCAUAAAAUGAACAAUCUUGGGAAAAAGAAGCUUUACAGAGGAGUAAGACAAAGACAAUGGGGAAAAUGGGUAGCUGAAAUAAGACUACCCCAAAACAGAAUGAGAGUCUGGUUGGGUACUUAUGAAACAGCAGAAACUGCUGCUUAUGCUUAUGAUCGUGCAGCUUAUAAGCUUAGAGGUGAAUAUGCCCGUUUAAAUUUCCCAAAUUUGAAGGAUUUUUCAAAAUUUGGGUUUGGUGAUGCAACUAGAAUGAAUGCAGUUAAGGCUGCUGUUGAUUCCAAAAUCCAAGCUAUUUGUCAGAAACUAAGGAAGGAAAGAGCAGCCAGAAUUGCCAAAAAGAAGCAGAAAGAAGAAUCCUCAAAAGGUGAUUGUAAUUUGAAUGAGAAUGAUGGUUUGAUGAAGGAUACGUAUUCUGAAUCUUCUUCAUCAUUUUGUUCAACAAUGGUGAAUGAUAGUGGGAUUGUUUCACCCACCAUUUCUGAAGAAGGUUGGUGGGGUAAUGGAAAUGGAACUUCACCUUGUUCUGAUUCAAUGAGUAGUUAUCCAUUGAUGGGAGAUUUGUUUAGUUUUGAUGAUUGUUUAUUAGAAAAGAUGCCAUCUUUUGAUCCAGAGUUAAUUUGGGAAGUUCUUGCUAAUUAGGACAGUUAAUAUAUAUAUAUAUAUAUAUAUAUAUAUGUUUGUUGGAAAAUAACACAUUGAAAAAUACGAGAAGUUGACUAACAUAAAUACUUGAUGAGCUACUUUUUAUAAUACCAAUUAGUUUUGGGAUGGAACCUCAUCGAAUUUGUGUGUAAUCAACUCUACCCUUAUCCGGUUUUUGUUAUGUAGAAGUUCAAUAACAAAUUUAUCAGAUGUUUUAUUUGCUAUCUAACAUAAAAGUUGAAACUCGAGGCUCUACCAAAGAUGACUUGUUGAAGAGAGAAAAAGUAUAUAAAAAAAAUAAAUUUACAGAUUGAGAUAGUAAAAGAUCAAAAUGAACGGAGAAGAAGAAUUUAUGUGGAGGAACUCGAAAACUAAAAUAUUGGUUUAUAUAGUUGAUCGAAUCUUUUGAAAUUAAUAUUUAGCUUAUAUUUUGCUUAUAGAAGUCUAUUUGGUGCUAUGUAGCAUGUUACAUGUUUCUAUAUGAAGUAUGUUUGACUACUUAUUGAUGUAAGGAUGUUAAAGAAGUACUACUAGCUAGUUAAUAUCACACCCCCACUUCUUUCUGUUACCACUUUCCACAUUUAUGUAAACCAUUCAUUUUUGGUACCUAGCUUUCUUUUCUAUCUCAUUGUCAUCACACAAGCAAUGAGUUGUAAGAAUUGAGUUCAUUUUUGUCAAAUUAAAUCAAGGCAGAUUUGGGUGAAGAGUUAUUCAAUUUAUGUUUCAAAUAGGUAAAUUUAAAGGUAAAUUAGAUCACAUUCGAGAAAACUAAAUUUUUGAUCAAAUAUCACAUGCACCAUCACUAAAAAAUAAAUUUAUACUAAAAGUGAAGUAAUUUUCAAUAUCAACAAGAAUAGAGGGAGAAACUCUUGAAGGGAUUUCCUAUCACCCAUGGUUAAGCAAAACCACUUCUAGCUUCACUUGCUAUGUUAACAAUUCAACAAUUUCAGCUAAGCAAAUUCCAUUCUGAUUUCACUUAAUACAUCAACAAUUCAACAUUAUUAAAUUCCAUCAAGAUUCAGCUACUAUUUACUCCAAAAGUGAGCUACAACACAAAUAGCUUAAAUUGACUUUUUUUUUUCUAGCGACAGAGUAGCGAGAGGGGUUUAUGACUAAUGAGGAUCCCAAAAUCCUGCUCCUCACUCUAGUGGCAGUGAUGAAACUUGUUCAUCCCUAUAUCAUAAAAAUGUCAAGCUACAUAAAAAUAUAUAUUACUGAUAAUAUUUGGCAGUAAUAAAAAUAUUAGUGUGAGUGCACAUUGUUAAUUUUUCAAAAGGGCAGUGUUGGUGUGCAUAAAAAACUAAGUUAUUAACACCCAUAUUACAAAAACAACUAUGUUUUGCAUCGUACCGGCUCUAUCGUAAAAGUUCACAAAUCCACUAUACGUAUAUUAUCCGCAUUGUAAUGGUAUAAAAACCAAUUUUAAGCAUUUUCGAAGAUAUUUAAAGGUUUUUGUCAAUACUUAAUGAUACAAAACCAUAUUACUCUAUUAUCGCAUCACUAUGUCCAUUACCGCAAUCACAAUUAGUAGCUCAAUUCCACAUUUUCCCAUUAUGACAACUAUGAUGUCACAGCAUAUAUAAUAAGGUCAAUUAAAUAACUAAACCAGAUUAAGGAACUUUGCCACUAACAAAGAUGGGAGUAUUUCACAAAUUAUUAUCUCUUACCUCAACAAAUUAUUAUUCCUAUUAACAUUAUUUAUUAUUAAUUAUUAAAUAAUUAAAAAUUCAAAUUACUGAGCAAAGGACAUAACUAUUUGCCUAUUAUGGUAGUUAUAGAUGCCCCAAUGUCAAAAUCUUUUCAUUUGUUCAUUUCCCUCAAGUAAAGGCAGCUCCGGUGGCUAGGAUUAGGAUAUGGUUUAGUCCAGUUCAAUAGACAUCUAGGGUCUAGGAGAGUAGAAGUAUAGUACUUUCUCAAUCCUUAUUAAUUACCACCAUUUUUUAUUUUAAUCUGUUAAUUUUAUAACUUUUUUAUAAUGAUUUCACUUUUAUCCUUUUAAUAUAAUUUAUAAAUUUAUUCUUUCUAUUCAUUUUGACCACUUCUUAAAUUUAUUUUUUAUCUUAUUCUCAAAUUCAACUUUAUUUUCAACGAAACAUUCAAUUUAAUGACAAGC